AUGGAGGGAGAUGAAAGGGAAGAAGGGGACCCUCCAAGGGUUUCACGUUCAACCGCAAAAAGGGCGAGAAAGGUUUCUCUUGGUGAUAACACAGAAGCUUCUGAGGUAGGAAUCUCAAAUGACUUCCUUCAAAAAGCAAAGAUAAUUCAAGAAAACCUCCGAAUAUACCUUACUAAAGCUGACAAAAGUAUUAAAAAUAAAGACCAAAACCACAUUAAUGGCAAAAUACAGUGGUUCAUUGACGCUAUUGAAUCGUUGGAGGAAAGGACAAAGCAGUACAAAGUUAAGAGUGAGGGCUUAUCUUUACUUGUCCAUAAAGCGGUUCAGGAAACACUUACCUCGCCUUCAGUACAUUCGAUGAUAACCAGCAUCGUAAUAGAGAAAACAGUGCCGAAGGUUAUAGAAUCUCUCUCAGGAACCACUAUAAAAUCUAAUGGUGCCCUCGCCAUCCCUGGAAAAAGCAACGAAAAGUCAUCCGCGACUAACGUGACCCCGCCUGAGCCUUUACCAGCCGCAGUUCCUUUUACAGUCGUUAAGAGCAAAAGAAACAGGAAAAAGACUAAAAAGUCUACCGGACGGGAUGAGUUGAAGGCAAAUAUCCCGUCGAAUCAAGCGGGGUUUUUCUCGCGAAGUUCAUUUGGCACGGGGAGACACAUGGAACCCACCGUUCUACUGGGAGACCCUCUGCUUUGA